AUGGCUGAACCAACAUCUUCGUCAAAGUCCCAUAGACCCUACAAUUCCAAGCUUGGGAUAGUCACAGGCGGCUCACGAGGUAUCGGUGCAGCUGUUGCUGCGAGACUGGCCGCCAAAGGAUGCAAUCUUCUCCUUGUCUACACCUCAGACUCGUCAACAGAGCCGACCAAGAAGUUCUGUGAAGAGCUUUCAUCUUCGCACAAUGUUAAAUGCGCCGCAGUCCAGGCCGACCUGGGCAGCCCAUCUGAAGCGGCGCCUAAGAUCAUCGAUGCAGCACAAUCUUUCCAUGCCUCGUUUAACUCAAACAGGCCAUUCCAGAUUGACAUCUUGAUCAACAAUGCAGGAGUGUCCUCAAACCAGCAUAUGAAUGAUGCCAAGCACGGGGCCAUCCAAGAAGUCGAGUUCCACCGCGUUUAUAACGUCAAUGUUCUAGCUCCCCUCCUCGUAACCCAAGUCGUUGCCCCUCAUCUUCCCACAGACCGCUCAGGGCGCAUCGUCAAUGUUUCAAGCGUAUCGUCGUCUAUCGGAUACCAAGGCCAAUCCGUCUACGCCGGAAGUAAAGCAGCUAUUGAGGCCAUGACCCGGACUUGGAGCCGUGAGUUGGCUACUCGUGCUACCGUCAAUGCUGUCAACCCUGGACCCGCCUGGGGCGAUAUGUAUGCAACCGCCGGGCAAACUUUCUGGGAUAUCAACCAGCCUUAUGUCGACACGGCCCCUUUGGCUCAGUACGACGGCGAAGCGGAAGUCUUGGCUAUGGCAGGAUCGGAUGCUGGGCGCUUCGAUAAGACGGUUCGUGAGUCAAUGGGAAAUCGACGUCCAGGGUUUACCACUGAGAUCGCUGGCACAAUCGAUAUGCUAUGUUCGGAAGAAAGUGGAUGGACAACGGGUAGUGUCAUUUGUGCGAAUGGCGGCAUGAAGAUGUCAAUCGCUUAG